UCAAAUUGUUCAGCGGUUAAGCUUAGUGUUAGAAUCUGUAUAGAGAGAUGGCUCGAGGAGCGGCGGUGAAGUCGAGUACCAAGAAGAAAGGAGUAGCGUUCGUUAUUGACUGCUCUAAACCAGUCGAUGACAAGAUCAUGGAGAUCGCCACGCUUGAGAAGUUUCUUCAGGAACGAAUCAAGGUCGGAGGCAAACCCGGAGCUCUCGGCGACGCCGUUUCCAUUGCAACCUCCAAAGGAAAGAUCACCGUCACCGCUGAUUCCACCUUCUCCAAACGGUACUUGAAGUAUCUGACGAAGAAGUAUCUGAAGAAGUACAAUGUCCGUGAUUGGCUCCGCGUGAUUGCAUCGAACAAAGACAGGAACGUGUAUGAGCUUAGGUACUUCAACAUUGAAGACGAUGCAGCUGGUGAGGAUGAAGAUUAAGGCACACCGCUCUUCUUCAUUUCUUUUUUUUUAUACAUUUGUCAGAGAUUUAUGUUUACUUUUGGAUGGUUUGUUUAAUGGUUUAAUUUAACAAAAGAAUGACUAAAGUUUCAUUUUACACCUCUGAUACGCCAACAUUUGAUAACCACUCGUUUUGAACCGG